UCCCCACCACCCCAUUCCCACCACACACAGGGAUGACCCAAUGCCCUCCACCUCUCGCAGCCACCCCUCACCGCUGGCCACCUUCCACACCAGGAUUGAACCUCUUGGGCCUGCACCUGAUGCCUCCAACAGCCCGAUGCCCCCCUCGUGUCACGGUAGCAGUGGCAUCGGCCUCGUGCUCUUUGGUGCGGGGCUCGUGAGCAAAGCCUUGUUGCAAAGCCUGCUGGAGGAGACAGGCUGCUGCCUGCUGUACGUGGUGGAGGAUCGGCCAGAGGAGGUGGAACGUGCCUUCGGCGCCGAGGUCCCAGCCAGCACCAGGGUGCUGCGGCAGCAGGACGCCGCCGUCGCGCUCGGUGAUCCGCGAGUCUCUGGAGUCAUUAUUUGUUCCCCACCUGAUGAAGCCCCUGAGAUGGUAAGAGAUGCCUUACGAGCAGGUAAAGGUGUGUUCUGCGAGGGGCUGCCCAGCUUGGACAGACAGACAGCAGAAGCCUGUUUUGAUGAGGCCAGCAGGUGUGGGAGGCCACUUGUGUGUGGGUUCUACAAGCGCUUUGACCCAGCCCUGCAGUUCUUGUACAAGAAGGUGCGGGACAGCCAGGCGCUGGGCAGGAUCCACCGGAUAUCCACCAUCAGCAGCCUCUAUCCAGCAGCCUCUCUGAGCCUGCUGAAAGCCUCAGGUGGCAUUUUUUACAACGCUGCUGUGCAUGACAUAGAUAUUAUCAGUUUGUUGUUGGGAGAGAGUGUGCCAGAUACAGUAUUUUCCCUGGGCCAUGCCUUCUGUGCAGACGUGGGCUGCCUGAGGGAUGUGGACACAGUUGCCAUCAGCAUGAAGUUCCCCAGCGGGGCCAUUGUCACUCUGGAUGUCAGCCAGCACUGCACCAGGAGCUGUGACCAGCGGCUGGAGGUGGGGUCCUGCUGCUCAGUCAAGUCUGUUUUGGCUCCACAGCCCAGCACAAGUUUUCGCCUCCGAGUGUGCCUGCAGCACAUUUCCCAAAACCUCUCUAUAACAGAAUCAUAGAAUCACUGAGAUUGGAAAAGAUCUCCAGGAUCAUCAAAUCCAACCUGUGACCAAUCCCCACCUUGUCACCCAGAGCAGAGCUCUGAGUGCCCCAUCUAUUUGUUGGGCUGUUGCCUCAGCAGCAGUGGCUUCUUCUCCUUA